UACUAGAAUCUAAAUAUAAGGAAAGGAUCAGAAUAAGUACUAAUGCUCUGUAUAAUACUUUUCCCCGAGCGAUGGUUUAGCGGAUUCGGAAUUGUAACCAAGCAUCCUGGGUUCUAUACCCGAUUCAACACUAGAGCAUGCAGCCGAUCCUGGAUACAUAACUCUAAAAAGUGUGUGUGCAGUUUUGGAUCUUUAUUGGUAGCCAGUCUUUCACUUCUGCCUCUCCACUCCCAUGCCUUUCUUGGUCGGACCAACCCAACCGGCGAUUUCCGACAAGUCUUUCUGCUUAGAGCAAGAAGCGGAACCAAAAUAAAGCUUUCUUUAUUUUCAUUUAUGGAUAACCAAUCCAUUUUCCAAUAUAGUUGGGAGAUUUUACCCAAGAAAUGGGUACAUAAAAUGAAAAGAUCGGAACAUGGGAAUAGAUCUUAUACCAAUACUGACUACCCAUUUCCAUUGUUGUGCUUUCUAAAAUGGCAUACCUAUACAAGGGUUCAAGUUUCGAUCGAUAUUUGCGGAGUGGAUCAUCCCUCUCGAAAACGAAGAUUUGAAGUUGUCCAUAAUUUACUGAGUACUCGGUAUAACUCACGCAUUCGUGUACAAACAAGUGCAGACGAAGUAACACGAAUAUCUCCGGUAGUCAGUCUAUUUCCAUCAGCCGGCCGGUGGGAGCGAGAAGUAUGGGAUAUGUCUGGUGUUUCUUCCAUCAAUCAUCCGGAUUUACGCCGUAUAUCAACAGAUUAUGGUUUCGAGGGUCAUCCAUUACGAAAAGACUUUCCUCUGAGUGGAUAUGUGGAAGUACGCUAUGAUGAUCCAGAGAAACGUGUGGUUUCUGAACCCAUUGAGAUGACCCAAGAAUUUCGCUAUUUCGAUUUUGCUAGUCCUUGGGAACAGCGUAGCGACGGAUAAUUCCGAAUCUACAUAGGUCUAGUCCAGGGGACAAAUCAAUAGGAAAUGCUAUUU